GGACGUGGCGCGCGGCGCCGGGAGACUUCCCCGGAGGGGCAGGUGGCUUCACUAUCUUCCCUGGAAAAGGGAGACAGCCACCCUCAGCAGAGCCAUGGAAAUCCCAGACAGUUACUGAGCCGCUCAACAAAAGGCCUUGAACCUCCGUCUCUCCGCCCUCAUAACACCAGGUAGAGACUCCAAGGAAAACAAAAGCCCUUUCUCUCAAUUCACCAGAAGAACAUUGACGACCAUCCUCCCAUCAUCGCUGCGAGGAGGUCCCCACUGUCUCAGAAACUGAAGCCUUUCAACAAUCAGGGACCCCGUGCCUCUAGGAUAAUAACAUACAAGAAGCCCCUUCUGUUAGGACUGGAGGAUCAUGGGAAACCACCUUGACCUUCUCUUAAGAAUGGUGCUCAUGGCCAGUCCCGCGCUUGGAAUUUCUUCCUGCUUCUUCGAUGGUUGGAGAGCCGUAUAUCGUUUCUGCAACCUCACCCAAGUCCCCCAGGUCCCCAACACCACCAAGAGUCUCCUGCUCAGCUUCAACUACAUCAGGACAGUCACAACCGCAUCCUUCCCCUUCCUGGAGCAGCUGCAGCUGCUGGAGCUCGGGACUCAGUUUACCCCCUUGACCAUUGACAAAGAAGCCUUCCAAAAUCUGCCCAAUCUCAGAAUCUUGGACCUGGGCAAAAGUCAGAUAGACUUCUUGCACCCAGAUGCUUUUCAGAAACUGCCCCAUCUCUUCGAACUUCGACUGUUUUACUGUGGUCUCUCCAGUGCUGUAUUAAAAGAUGGUUAUUUCAGAAAUUUGGGGUCUUUGACUCGCUUGGACCUAUCCAAAAAUCAGAUUCAGAGUCUUUACCUUCAUCGUUCAUUCCGGGAAUUGAAUUCCUUGAAGUCCAUCGAUCUUUCCCUCAACCAAAUAACCACUGUUUGUGAGCACGACCUCAAACCCCUCCAAGGAAAAACACUCUCCUUUUUAAGCCUUGCUGAUAACACCCUGUACAGCAGGGUCUCAAUGGACUGGGGGAAGUGUCUGAACCCAUUCAGAAACAUGGUCCUGGGAACCCUAGAUGUUUCUGGCAAUGGCUGGGCAGUGGACAUCACAAGAAACUUCAGCAAUGCCAUCAAUGGAAGCCAGAUUUUCUCUUUGGUUCUUACCUAUCACGUGAUGGGUUCUGGGUUUGGCUUCAAUAACAUCAAAGACCCUGACCAGCACACCUUUGUCGGCCUGGCCGGAAGCUCAGUGAUACGGCUGGACCUUUCACAUGGGUUUAUCUUCUCCCUGAACUUCCAACUCUUUGAGACGCUCAAGGAGUUGAAGGUUCUGAAUCUCGCCUACAACAAGAUAAACAAUAUUGCAGACAAAGCAUUUUAUGGACUCGACAACCUCCAAGUUCUCAAUAUAUCACAUAACCUUCUGGGGGAAUUGUAUAAUUCUAAUUUCUAUGGACUACCUAAGGUAGCCUAUAUUGAUCUGCAAAAGAAUCACAUCGGGAUCAUUCAGGACAAAACAUUCAGAUUCCUGGAAAAAUUAAACACCUUGGAUCUCCGGGAUAAUGCUCUUAAAACUAUUUCUUUUCUUCCAAGCAUACCUAAUAUCUUCUUGAGUGGCAAUAAACUGGCUACUUUGCCAAACAUCGCACUUACAGCUAACUUCAUCACCUUAUCAGAGAAUAGGCUGGAAAAUCUGGAUAAUCUCUACUUCCUUCUCCAGGUACCUCAUCUCCAGAUUCUCAUUUUAAAUCAAAAUCGCUUUUCCUUUUGUAACCAAGACCAUGCCCCUUCAGAGAACCUCAGCUUAGAAAAGCUUUUCCUUGCAGAAAAUAUGUUGCAGCUCGCCUGGGAAGCCGGGUUCUGCUGGGAUGUUUUUAAAGGGCUUUCCCAUCUCCGAGUCCUAUAUUUGAAUAAAAACUACCUGAAUUUCCUUCCACCAGGAGUAUUUCGUCAUCUGACUGCACUGAGGGGACUCAUCCUCAAGGACAACAGGCUGACCGUUCUUUUUCCUGGCGACUUACCUGCUAAUUUAGAGGUCCUGGAUAUAUCCAGAAACCAGCUCCUCUCUCCUGAUCCUGAUUUAUUUGCAUCGCUGAGUGCCGUGGACAUAACUCAUAACAAGUUCAUCUGUGAGUGUGAACUUAGCACUUUUAUCAAUUGGCUCAAUCAAACCAACGUCACAAUAUUUGGCUCUCCGGCAGACAUAUACUGCAUGUACCCGAGCUCCGUGGCUGGGACUUCCCUCUACUCUCUUUCCACGGAAGAUUGUGAUGAAGAGGAAGUUUUAGAGUCCCUAAAGUUUUCCCUUUUCACCUUCUUCACUGUCACUUUGACUCUGUUCCUCGUGGCCAUCCUCAUCGUUACGAAGUUUCGGGGGUAUUGUUUCAUCUGUUAUAAGAAAAUCCAGAGACUGGUGUUCAAGGACCCCAUCAAGGGAAGAGAAUCAGAGACGUACAAAUACGAUGCCUAUUUGUGCUUCAGUAGUAAAGACUUUGAAUGGGUGCAGAAUGCUUUGCUCAAACACCUGGAUGCCCAGUACAGCGACCGAAACAGAUUUAACCUGUGCUUUGAAGAGAGAGACUUUUUGCCCGGGGAAAACCAUAUCGCCAACAUCCAGGAUGCCCUGUGGAGCAGCAGAAAGGUUGUCUGUCUCGUGAGCAGACACUUCCUUAGAGAUGGGUGGUGCCUCGAAGCCUUCAGUUACGCCCAGAGCAGGUGCUUAGCUGACCUCAGUGGCAUCCUCAUCAUGGUGGUGGUGGAGCCCCUGUCCCAGUACCAGCUGAUGAAACAUCCCUCCAUCCGAGGAUUCGUCCAGAAACAGCAGUACUUGAGGUGGCCUGAGGAUCUCCAGGAUGUUGGCUGGUUUCUCAACAAACUCUCUCAGCUCAUUCUAAAUAAAGAAAAGAAAAGGAAGAAAGACAAUGACAUUCAGUUGCAAAGUGUAACCACCAUUUCUUAGUCAAAGGAGCACUUUUCCACUUAUCUCAAGCCACAAGCAACUCUUCCCUUUUUAUUUCCACUAAGUUACCAUUUGGGGUCCUUUAUGAAGUU